AGCAAACCUCGCGCCACCGACCGUCUAACAUUGCUUUCGACUCACGAAUCUAACGAAUAUCGGUACGUCGAGUUGUGUCGACGACUGUGUGUCAAGAACAGAACGCGCUGUAUUCUAAAUAAAGCUUGAAAAACUCAAGUUCGGUGUAAAAUAUGUAAAUAAAUCGAAAAUUAAGUUAGUGUUAGUGUGUAUCGAAGAUAUUUUAGACUGCUUUGUGCUUUUUCCAGGAACUAACCAUAAUAUUCUUAAACACCGAAUGUUUCCUAUUGAUGGCGCUAUGGCCGCUAAAACAGGGGAAAAAUAAUCCGCCUUAACCUCAUUUGUGCAUUUGUAAACAACCGUUGAGAAACCACCACAGUUUAAAAGUGUAUUAUUUAACAUAUGUAAACAGUGAAUAUAACUAUUAAAUAACACAGGUUACUUGAUAAUCAUGGAUUCGAUUAAGGUUAUGACAGAAAGACAUCUACAUAGUACCUUUUGUUUUUAAUGUUAUUUGUGUUGAUUUGCAACCAUGAAUGUUAAACAAGAACGACAUGAUGAAGCAGAGAUUAGAGAGCUUGCUGCAAAGUUUAUGGAAGCUAAUAAAGCUAAAAUGGCUAUGCCCCAAAGGCCUCCUCAACAAGCACUUCAUGGUAUGAACAUUUUAAGCUUCCUAAGUGGUGACAAAUCUAAGGCGAAAAAUAAUGGCUCUCCAAACGAAGCAGAUACUAAAAAUAUUGAUGAAGAUUCCAUUAAAGGCAGGUUUGGUUGGACAUUGAUGGGUAAAAUACAUAUUCCAUAUAUUCUUAGAUCAGGGGAAAGUUACUGUGCUGUAAGAAUGGUUGAAAUGAAGGUUUUAAAUAAAUUGUUGAAUUAUUUACAUCAGGACUUGUACAAUUGUACAAACAUUCGUAGUUAUUAUAUUACAGAAGCUGAAGCAAGACUUUUAAAUGAAAUUAAUUUAAAACAUUGUGACUAUCAGUUCGGUAGAGAACAGUUUACGUCGCGAGAUUUAAUAGUUAGACUUACAGACGCUAAUGAGUUUUAUCAGUUCUUAGGACAUUGUUAUGCUAAACUUGUGAAUACAACAGAUGCUGAAAACUUGGAGCGUUGUGGAUUUAUACGAAUUAAUAAGGAAUCUGUAGUUCCGUACACUGUUUACAAUGAUCAGAAAUAUGUACCUUUAUUUUAUUUUGAAGGUGAAACAGAUAAUCUCAAGCAGCGUGCUGACAAAUUAGAAGGAUGGGACUUAUCAUACUUGAAGUUUUGUUGUAAAGUUCAAGGAAUACGUAAUGAGCUAUUCGCACAUGAUUCUUGUUCUGUAAUAAGUCUGAAUGAUAUCAAAAAUUAUUUUCCUCCAGGCACAAUGUUUGAAGACUAUUGGCCCAAGAAAAAUUUGGAUUCGCAAUUAUUAAUAAGUAGGAACUCCAACCCACAACAAAUAGUGCAAUGGACUAGGCAACCUAUUGCACCUCCAAUUUCAGCUCAUCCACCACCUUCACCUAAACCUGCUACCCAAGCAAAGGCUGCAAAUAAUAGCCAUUUACAUAAUGUACAUGUAUAUCCCAAUUAUGGAAUGGCAGCAGGACAAUCUGCAUACCACGCUACUCAACCAAGGGCAGCAAGCAGUGCUGUUCGAGCUACAUAUCCAUCAGCAGCAAACAGGAUGAGGCCUUAUUUUCCCAGUAUGGCUCAAGCCCCUCCACCUUUGAUUAGAGCAACAACUUCAGCUUCGUUGGCACAAUACAACGCCCAGAAUAAAGCAGCUGGGGGUUACAUGAUCAUAGAACCGAGUAUGAAUCAAAAUAAUUAUCAUCAGGCAUCUCAAGGUAGUUAUCCACCGCCGCUGCUACAUAUGAACGGUGCAGUAACUUCGAGGUACGAUGGAACGCAAUCCAGGGAUCUGCAGAACAACUACGCUGUGAAUAAUACUACAGCACAGAUGGUAAAUCAACAACCCGCUCACCAGCCCACUAGAACACAGUCUAGCACAGCUCCAGAAGAACGGAAUAGUAUAACUAAUGGCCGGUCCAUGCUGUGUAUUAAUAGAAAUAAUAAUAAACUAAUACCUUUAUCGGACACUUCUCCAACCAGUAGUAGUAAUACCAUUCCAUAUAAGAUGCAGAAGGCACUAGUGGAAGGAAAAAUGAUUCCCUGCAUCAAUAUGAAACCAAAUGUGUGGAAAGAUAUGUUAGUGACGUUGCCAGAUUUAGUAACAAACUUCUUCAAUAAUGUACCAGUGCACUCGUGUCAGCAGGUCAUGCAAGUACUAGGAAUAGAAGUGUACAAAGCUAAUGCAUCACAGACAAGGCUUUUGAUGGAAAAUGGCAGGUGUUCGAAUGCGAGUGAAACAGUACCAUUAGUGCAAGUUAGGAAUGUUAUUGACUUCAUGCCCCAGCUAAAAUAUAUGUUGAGUGGUCUGAUAUCUUCGGAUGCGGCGGCAAAAAGACAGAGGAAUAGCUAGGAGUGGGUGUCUUGGGGCGGGACCUACGAUAACAUAGACUUUUUCAAUUAUUAGUGAAGUGAAAACGAUCCUUAUUUAAUAAUCGUGUUGUUUUGUAUUAACUUGUUCCUACAGUGUAAUAUAUCCAUAAAUACCGAACUCUCAUUAAUCGUGAAACAUGUGAAAUAAGGUAGUUUAUGAAGUAAUGUUAUUUUUUUACAUUUUGAUUUGUACAUUUCAUUCAAUAUGUGUGGAUUUAUUUCAGACAUUUCAAACAGAUAUUUUAAAUUGUUAUCACCGAUGCCACCAAAUACAUACCAUGUUACGAUUUGAGAAAACCAUUUCAAAUAAUAUAAUUCCUCUUUUCUGAUUUUACGUUUUUCUGAUACAUUAUAAUAAUUAAAACAUUGGAAAAUGAGACCAAAAAAAGACACUAACAACGAUUAUUCUACUGCUUAACUUUUUUCACUAGCGGUUUAUAUUUUUUUAUAAUUUCUGUGGUUAAAAUUAGAACCCUUUACCACAUCUUUUUAGUAAAACUUGAUUUAUCACAUAUUUAACUGAAAAGAAAACAAUUAAAACUUAAUUAAAUGAAGAGAAAGAGAUUCGGUGAGUAUUUUUGGCUAGGAUGAGAGACAUUUUAUAUAUAGGAAGUUUUUGAUGGAGUUAGCCCUGAUAUAAGAGUUACUUCUCUGCAGGGUUAAUUAAAGGGGAUAACAUGUCGAGUGUACAAUAUAACAUACUAUCCUUCAUCUUUGAUAAAACUAGAGCCACCCAGGUACUAUCAAAUAUAUUUCAAAUAAUAGUGUUGGCAUUUGAAUUCUAUUAUUUAUUACAAGAUCCAUCAUCUAUUCACCAAACAUGAAUAUUCCAAAUGUUGACUUGUCUUGGAACAUCAAAUUUUCCAAAUAAGAUAAGAAUAAUACACCAAUACUGCUAUCAGGAUUUGUAUACUGAACUGGUGAAUCUAAUCGAACAUUCUCAGGAAAAAUAUGGGAACAUCAUAUUUUUCCAUAUUUUUGAAUAUCAGAUAAAGCAGUAUUUACAAGUCUGCCAUGUGAAAUUAUUUCUGUGCUUUAUCAAAAGUAUAUUUUUGUAACUCGCGAUUCAAACAGAUUUUGGUGAAAUGGCACAAGGGAUUUUAUAAUCGUUGUCGGCAGAUGUAUCCAUAUUUGCUUAAACUAAAAAGAAUUGAAAUUAUUCCCAAAUAAAAAAAGCGAUUGGUAUUGGGCUGUUGAUCCUUUAACAAUUUCAAUGCAAAUAGUAUGUAUAGCAAAAAACUGCAUUCAAGGUCAUUGUGUGAUUUGCAACAUUUUGCAAUUAUUAAUUGUUCUUCAAUACAUUUCAAUUUUUGCAUGCCAAGUAUAAUUUAUAAACAAUAUGCCAUUAUACAAAUAACAUCUUUUUUGUAAACAUAGAUAAAAAUAUUUAUUUUAUUUAAUAAUUUUCCACUUUCACUUAUAAAUUAAUAGAUAUUUGAAUAAAUACAUGUUAUUUAUUGAGAGUAUUCACAUUUUUCAACAUAUAUAUUUUUAGUUUUACUGGAAUUUAAUUGUAUAUAUAAAUGUAUAUUUUACUACGACUGCUGGGACUACAACCCUCAAAGAGCCUUGGCCUCGUCCACCACUUUCCUCCAGUCAUCACAAUUCCACGAUCGGCGUCUCCACCCCUCACACCUAGCUCCCUCUUCAACAUCAUCCAGUCAUCGUUUGCGCGAUCUUCCAGGCAGUCGCUGGCCCUAGGGCUUCUGCUGGUACGUUUUGCGCACCCCCUGCACCUCAGGCAUCCGCUCCAAGUGAUCUAGCCAUCUAACUUUGGCCCUCUUGAUUUCUGUCACCAGGCUGGGGUCUUCAUAGAGCUAGUAGAGUUCAAUUUUUGUACGGCUGCGCCACACGCUCUGCUCGCACACUGGUCCAUAUAUUCAGCGUAAGAUAUUUCGCUAACACAUGUUGAGCAGCCGCUCCUCGGGCGAAGAAUUGUGCGAUCGAUCCGCUUUUUUGUUCUUCAAUUCAGUAAACGAGGACUCUAGCAGUCGUUGGAGAGUGAAGUAUGCUCUAAUCCCCGCUUCCACACGUUCUGUUAUUUCCAUCGAGUUGCCAUUAUUUUCAGUCACUAUUGAUCCCAGGUACAUUUUCGAACUUAUACCGGCCUACUUCAAAAGCCCCUGAGGGAGCUCUUCUGAUCCUUGACAUAACCAUGUAUUUUGUUUUAACUCAUUAAUAGUGAACCCAGCCCAUACAGGAUUCUUCCUCCAGCUGCUCAAAACUUUCCUUCAGUUCACGCUCUAUUCGACUGAGUAGAUCAAUGUCAUCAGUGUAGACCAGGUCCUGCACUGUUCUGUUGAGCAGAGCUUCUGAUAACUCAUUCCAAUGUCAGGUUGAAGAGGGUACACGAGAGGGCGUCUCCUUGCUUGAGAUCUUGUCCUAUUUGGAAAUGUAUAUUUAGUCAUUGAUGAUUUCAUUGUAUUUUGAUAUAUUUAUCAAUUUACAUACCAUUAUAUAAAAUUUCAAAUUGUCAUAAUAAUAUAGGUUCAUUUGUGUUAAUUUGUCUUUAUGUUACCGACAACUAGGUAAAUCAAUAAUAUGGAUUAUUUUCAUGGUAUGUUCCAGUGUGGCAUUUUUUAGUGUUUCAACUAAUUUAAAAUGUCUGUAUUGUGUACUUCUCUGUUAUUAGAUUAUUUAUUUUCAAAUAAAAUAUAAGGUUAUAGCUAGUUAUAUGAAUGUGAAAUGUCCAGGGUAGGGGAUUAACAUAGAUAUCCUAUUAUACAUAACUAGAUAUCUAAAUAUAGAUCGUUCUUCUUGAGUUUCAUUUAUUAAGGUGCAUUUUUAAGUCGAUUUCGUCGUCAGAUCUGAUGCAUUAUCUGAAAUGUGGUUGUUUGACAAACAGACCAGGCAAUCAUUAAACUAUCAAUUAUAUUUAAUAACAAGUCGUACAAGGAAUAAACAAAAGUCUACCAGCACUCAUUUUAUUUUUAUGAGAAAAUGUCUAAAGUGGACAUAUUUAAUCAAUAUUUUUUAUUUGAAUGACGAAUGAGAUGAAAAUUUCAUGUGUUUCUUUAUACAUUUAUCACCGAAACAAUAAAAUGUUUAUUAGUUAUAUUGUUUUUUAGUUUUCAAGUAAUGUGAAUGAAAAUGAUUCUAAAUUAUUACAAAUCAACAUAUUUGCAUUUUUUAUAAAACAAGCGUUAAUAUUCUUUGAAGUUUAUUGUCAUUCUACAGAAUUUACUAAAAUCUGUUAAUGUUCAUAUUAAUACAUCCAGUGUACUAAAACACUGAUCCUUUCAUUAUCACUGUUGUACGAUGAGUGAAUAAGAUAUAAAUGCCUUUGACAGAAGACAAACCAAAAAACAUAAUUAUAAGUAUAUCUUCAAGAUAAAAAACCUUUUCUUCUGAGCAUUAUCGUCAUAUUUUACAAAAUCAUUCUUUUAGAGUAAUGCGCUCUCUUUUCAAUCUUCAUAUUAUUUACCAGCAACAUAAUGUAUCAAAAGAUUAAUGACAACUUUUUAUGUUAUACAACGGCAGAAAGAAUUAUUAAAAUGAUGAAUUUAUAAUGAAUACUUUCAAUAUGUAUUUAUUUUAUCUUCAUUAAGCUGUUCAAUGCAGAUGUAUUGCAUUCUUAACAUUUUGGCUCGACAUUUACUAAUUUUUUGAUAUUUAUAUUUCGAUUUCAAACAUUCGGUAUUGAAAUGUUCAUACAUUUACUAAUCAAGUUUGAUAAUUCGUAACAUUUGAUUGCAAUUGGAGGUGUAGUUGUUUGAUAAAUAUAUCAUGAAAAUUGUCUAUAAGUAUUUGUACUGCUGUUUUGUAUCAAGUUUGUAUAUAAAUAAUUUUUCCAACAAGGUACUUCCUCAGCUUUAUAUAUUUCAGAAUUUCUUGAAUGAUUUUCAACAUAAAUAAAUCAGGUAUAAUUUCACCAGUUAUUUUUGUUAGAUGUGAAGUUUUAAUUGAAGAAGUGGGUUACCUAUUUCGUUAUAAUUAACCACAUUUACCUUGAUAUAACUGUACGAUUUCAAUAAACAUCAAUUUCUAACAAUUUUGCUACCAAAUAUUGCCAAUGAAGCUUGAAAUAUUAAUAGUAUUUCAUAUGUGUAUGAUUAUAUGUCUGUUGUAAGAUCAAGGCUUCCAAUCAUUUUAUGUCUGAAUAUUCUAUAAAAUUUUCAUCCAGCGGAAAUAAUAUUAUGUAUGUUGUUCCAUUUUAGACAUUUAACUAAGAUUUUCCAAUUUUUAAUUUAGCAAAUUGUGCAUUUCUGAGAAAAGAAGUUAAUUUAUUGGUGCUUUCUUUUUAUAAACAUUACUAUAUAUUGCAAUAAACUUUUCAAAAAUUUCUACCUAAGUUUAAUCAUCCUUUUAAUUAAAACUUAAUUCUCCUGCCUGUGAUAUGCGCAGAACUACAAAUCAGUAUUUAAACGACCAUUGAACAUAAAAUCAAUGUAAGACACUAAAAGAUUAAAGCAUUUUAUGAUCAGAAAUUAUUUGCAUAGUCAGGUAUCACAUUUUGUUUCUUUAUAUUACGAAUUAUUUAUUUAAAAUUAGUGAUUUGUUGUGAUAAUAUGUAUUAGCGUAUCUUUGUUGUAUACAGAGUGAUUACCUGUAUUUUGACCACUUUGAAAGCUUGAAAUGUAUUGAAAAUAUCUUGUAUUUCAUUAAGAUUGGUUUUUAUUUCUAGUUUUUGUAAUUUAUAUCUUUUUUAUUAGGUAAAAUUACAUUUUUAAAUUGAGUACACACAUUAUUCAUUAAAUUACAUUAUUAGAUUUUAAUGUCUAUAGGUGCAUGAUAUUGUAUAUACAAUUUAAGGGAUAAUCAUUAAAAAAUGAAUACUAUUUGUAUUUACAUUAUUUGUCAAUGAUGAAUAAAUAAUACUGUAGGUAACUGAAGGCUUCCCAGGACUGCUAACCAAUACAAGAUAUGUCAUAAUCGUACAAGUUUAACAAACCUUAAUAAGUGAGUAAUUUGUGCACUACCACUCACAAUUACACUGCCUGGUCCUUCGAGUUUUCCAUAGGCUGCUUGUGUAUAUCCGACUCGAAGGACCAGACAGUGUUAUUGUCAGUGCUGGUGUAGUGAUACUUCACAGUAUUCAAUAUAAACUUUUCUAGUGGACUUAAACAUACCAAAUAAAUACCUUUCAAUGGGAUUUCAAAAUAUCCUAUACAUACAGUACUCUUAUCUCUGAAAAAGUAUAUAGGAUAUUUCAUUAAUGAUGAAUAUCUGCUUGACUGGAAUAUAUUUAAUUCUUAAUUAUUCUGUGUCAUAGUGGUAUUACUUGUAAUUUUAUUACAAUUGAUGUAUUCAAAUUGUUAGUAGUUCUGAAGUACAGUUGUUAUGAUAAAUAUUAUGUAUUUUCCAGUAUCUUCACAGAUUAUCUGUUGAUUUGAGUAUUAAAUGGAGAUUAAGUUUCUUAGAUUGAAAGGUUCAGUUUACCCCUAUAAUUAACUCAUUUAUGUAAAUUCUGACGUUAUUAUCUUAUAAGUAAUAAUUUGUUAGAAACGUAAAAAAUUUCAAAUCAAAAUUCCACUGUAUCCACGAUAUCUAAUUUGGCGAAAUAAUUCUGUAAUACAAUUAAACUUUAUUUUAAACCUCGUUUUAUUUAGCAUAAACAAAUUCCAUAAAUUUGUUGAAUUAUCAUUAAGACUGCUUCUUCAAAUUAUUUCAGAAUUUUAUUUGUAAGGGGGAAGCAAAAUUUCUCAUUUCAACGUUUUGGCACAAAAAAUAAGAAGUGUUUUUAUAACUGACAAGAUCCUCAAUACAAAUGUACAUAACUUGAACCAAAUAAUUUAUAUUUCCACAUGAAGUGUUUUUUUAUGAAAAACUAUUUUCAUAAGUGUUGAUGGGUACAUUGACAGAUGGAUAUGACAAAUCACAUUUUAUGAGAUAUACACUAUAACUUAUACUAGUAGUUGUAACACAGAUUGUUUAUUUAAUAUUUUACAACAUAAUUUUUAAAAAUCAGAUAUUGUGAACCGCCGUUGCUAUCACAAAUGAAAAUACUGUCAAUGAUAUCUUGAAAUAUUUUGUAAAACUUUACAUAACACAAUUAAAGUCGAUCAAUUUAACAGCUAUUUCCAACAUGUUUUUAUAUUGUACUGAUGUAAUGAAUCUUGAUUUAAAUUUAUAAUACAUUUUCCAGACAUUAUUUUAUACAAGGUGAUCUAGAAUUAUGUACCUUAAUUUUUAGAGGUGAUAAUAUGUCUAAAAAUAAGGAUAUACUUUUUAUUUUAUUUGGAUAAUGAGGGGACGAAUGGGAAUUCAAUUUCUUAGAAUAUCUACAUUAUUAAUGGAAAUUGUCUACCCAACGCAUAUAAACACAGCGUAGGUUUGAAGACUAAAUGAGUGUUAAAGUAACAUUUCUUAAUAUUCAAUAAUUUGAAAUAAUUUUUUUUGCACUUUUUCCCACCCAUAUUCACUUGAAUGUAUGCAUGUAUUUUACAGUAAUGAAAAAUGUGAUGUAACAACGCCCACUCAUCUAAAAAUACUCUCUGUGCAUAUGUGUUGAUAUAGGCAGUAAUAUUACGUCAAUCGUCCUAAUGUCAUAUAUGAACUUCGUAAACAUAACUAUUUAGCACGGAAAAUAAGGUUCUCAAUUCUCCUAUUUAAAGAAAUUUGUCUUCCUUAUUAUACAGUUUCAGAUAAGAGUAUACAUACAAAGGUGUAGAUAUAUUUCAUCUUCAUUAAGCUGUUCAAUGCUUAUGGCUUACUGCUAAGCUCCAUGCAGAUGUAUUGCAUUCUCAACAUUUAUUGACGUGAAUUUUUCCUCUUCUAAUUUUUUUACAGUUUGCUUUUCUCUGUAUCUAUUAAUGAAUCAUCAUAAUUCUUUAGACACCUUGUGUAUUAUAUAAUGUGGAUUGCCCAUUUGUGGUACUAUUUUGGUUUGGUGUGACAUUUACUAAUUGUUUGAUAUUUAUAUUUUGAUUUCAAACAUUCGGUAUCAAAAUGUUGGUAGAUUUACUAAUUUAGUAGUCUUCAAGUUUUAGAAUCCAUAACUCUGUACAAUUAUUUAUCUAAUAUAUUAUCAUUUGACAAUCUAUUGACCGAAAUUAUGCUGAAAAUAGGUAGGAAAAUUAUACAUAUUAUUAUGGGACUUAAAAAACAGAAAUAUUGUUUGCCGAAAAAAAAACAAAUAAAAAAAUAGAAGAUGUUCUGGAGGAAGAGAAUGUGCUAAAGAUAAAAAAAGGAAGAGUGAGAUGGUUGGAACAUAUAUGGAUAACUGGACUGGAGGCUGGACGAAGAAUUAUGGUAGAGAGGACGCAAAGUGGGAGAGGAAGACCGAAAUCGAAAUAGUUGAAUGAGGUGGAGAAAGAUUUUGAAUGAAUGGAAUAUAUAUGUUACAAUUAAAAUCGGUUUUCAGUUAAUUCUAGUUUUGACAAGGGAAGAUUAGUUUUCACAAAUCCGUUCCGUUAAAACUUGUUUUCACUUGUCAAAACUAUGUUGACUAGUACCCUCGGUGUUGAAACUAGUUUUUUUACAUUUUUCAACUAGGAAAUACUAGAAUUUAAUAGUUUUUCUCAUUUAAUAGAAUUUUCAUUUGAAACUAGCUUUCAUUGGGGAAUUCUACUAAUGGAAAACAGUGCUUCCAGUUUAAAAAAUUAUUGUUAUAACAUUUUAUUCUAGUAGAACACUAUAGAGUCAGAAUUUUUAAAAUAAACUUCCGGGGCAUAUUAUUUUUUUUUAUACAAACCACGAUUAGAAACACAAGAUUUUUUCUAGGAGAACCUUGCCAUCCACCUGAGCCGGUGGAUGAUUUUUCUGUAGCACUAUAAAGAGAUCAAGUUGUGUCGGUAAAUUUAGACCUACAAUACAAUUAUAAUACGAAUUAUAAAAUUUUAUUUCAACACUUUUUUUCACUACCCAAUAAAAAUAUGUAGUUAACUCUAGUUUGAUUGGUAAAAACUAGUUUCAACUGAAGGGGUUUGUGAGAACUGAGAAUUUCUUCAAUUUCUUAGACCUCUUGAUAUAUUUAUGCUCCUAAAUGUUCUUGAUUUUAGGUCUCUUCUAUUUUAAAAUUUUUUUUAAUAAUUUUUGAAAGGCAGAUAAAAAUUAAUGUUUCGACUUAUUUUAGUCUCAAAAUAUUUUGAGAAACAAAAACUAAUAGAUUG